GCGCCGUGAUCCCCAUGUGAGAACUGGUGCUAGUAAACACUCCCUGCAGCGGUCCUAUGGCUUCUAAGUAGGUUUGUGUUGAAUUCUGUGGUUGUCAGGAGGUGGUACUCUGGAUUAGACUACUGCUGGCUGCCUUAUAGCAGCAGUUUGAAGUGAGGUAAAAUGUGGAUCCAGGUUCGGACCAUAGAUGGCCAGGAAACCAGGACUAUAGACGACCUAUCCAGACUAACCAAGAUUGAAGCACUGAGGCUGAAAAUCGAGGAGACUUUCAAUGUGAGCCCGGAUAAACAAAGGCUGUUUUACAGAGGGAAACAGCUUGAAGAUGGGCAUACUCUAUUUGACUACAACGUUGGACUGAAUGAUAUUGUUCAGCUAUUGGUCCGUUCUCCAUCCGUUGAUGGUCCAGGUGGCAUUAAGGACCAAAAAGUUGCCUCUGUCAUCUCUAAAAAGAACCAAAGUGGGAGAAAGCCAGCCUGUUCAGCCUAUAGUCAGCCGUCAACAUCCUCUCGUUCAUUCCUUAUUGAUCCAGGUAUUGGGUUAUACAAGCUAUCCUGAAAAUGGGGUGGUUCAAAUGGAAGGACGCAAUCUCCGACCCCGUUCACGAACUAUACUAAAGUGGCAUGAACUCGAAGUUGGUCAGCUAGUAAUGGUAAACUACAAUGUAGAGAUGCCUGAAGAGAGAGGCUUCUGGUAUGAUGCUGAAAUCACAUGCCUGAAGGAAUACACAAGAACAAAUAAAGAAGUCUGGGCCAAAAUUCAUGCAGGAGAGGACCACGAUAGAACGAUUGAAUGUAAACUCAUUUUCAUCGAUGAAAUGUACAAGGUAGAGAAACCUGGAGCCUAUCCACUAUCAUUUGCAGAUGGAGAAUUCAAAAGAAAGAGUGGUCCAGAAUGCAAGCAUUGCAAGGCUGAUCCAGACAAGGAGUGUCGUUUUUGUUCGUGCUACGUCUGUGGUGGGAAACAAGAUGCCCAUAUGCAGCUGUUGUGUGACGAGUGUAACAUGGCCUAUCACAUAUACUGUUUGAACCCACCUUUAGCAAAGAUUCCAGAAGAUGAAGACUGGUAUUGCCCUUCCUGUAAAAAUGAUACAAAUGAAGUCAUAAAGGCAGGAGAAAAGUUGAAACAGAGCAAGAAAAAGGCCAAGAUGCCUUCUGCCAGCACUGAAAGCCAGAGAGACUGGGGCAAGGGUAUGGCAUGUGUCGGCCGCACCAAAGAAUGCACCAUUGUUCCUUCAAACCACUAUGGACCCAUACCAGGCAUUCCUGUUGGCACCACUUGGAAAUUUAGAGUACAGGUGAGUGAGGCAGGUCUGCACAGGCCACACGUUGGAGGGAUUCAUGGAAGGAGCAGCGAUGGUGCUUAUUCACUGGUUUUAGCUGGAGGGUUUGAAGAUGAAGUGGAUAGAGGAGAUGAAUUCACGUACACUGGGAGUGGAGGUAGAGACCUUUCUGGAAACAAACGGAUUGGGGAAUUGUCAUUUGAUCAGACAUUAACACACAUGAACAGAGCAUUGGCAUUAAACUGUGACGCACCUCUGAAUGAUAAACUGGGAGCAGAGUCGAAGAACUGGAGAGCAGGUAAACCAGUUAGAGUGAUACGGAGCUCAAAAGGAAGAAGAAUCAGCAAGUACGCUCCUGAGGAGGGCAACAGAUAUGAUGGCAUUUACAAGGUGGUGAAAUAUUGGCCAGAAAUUGGAAAAUGUGGAUUCCUAGUGUGGCGCUAUCUGUUAAGACGUGAUGAUACAGAGCCUGCCCCUUGGACACCUGAAGGAAUUGAACGAUCCAAAAAGUUGGGUCUGACAGUGCAGUAUCCAGAAGGCUAUCUGGAAGCCAUGGCCAAUAAAGAAAAAAAAGACAAGAUCAAAAGACCAGUAAAACCAGAGCAAGACAAUCAUAGCAAUGGGAGCCAGAAGAGAUCAAGAGAAGAUGAAAAUGAAGAGAUGGUAAGUCCAUGUAAGAUGGAGAACCUGGAAGAAUAUGAUGAGGAUGAUGAGAAAGGUGAGCCUUUUCAGCUAACUCCUCAGCAACAGUGGUUGAUCCGAGAAGACUGCCUUAAUAAAAGACUGUGGGAUGAAGCACUUUCUUCUUUGAAUGAGGGUCCGAAUUUCCUAAGGCGAGUGGAACAGACGUUUAUGUGCAUUUGCUGUCAGGAAUUGGUGUACCAGCCAGUCACAACAGAGUGUCUGCAUAACGUUUGCAAGAAUUGUCUGACCCGUUCAUUUCGUGCAGAAGUCUACACCUGUCCAGCCUGUCGCCAUGACCUUGGAAAAGGAUACACCAUGGUACCUAAUAAAAUUCUGCAGUCACUCUUGGACCAGUUCUUCCCUGGAUACAGUAAAGGGCGGUGAUGCUUUCAUAACCCCUGCAAUGUUUUACCAGAGAUAUAUUUAGAAAAGGAAGAAAAAGAAAGCAGUCAUGGACCAACAAGCCUUAUGGGACUCAGUUCUUUGCCAUAUUUUAAAGCAGCUAGUCUACUUUUCCACAAGACGUUAGUCAUGUAUAUAUAGAGAGAGAGAGAGAAAAACUAAGUUUUCUCUUCCAGGAAGCUGUCUUUAAAUGUCUUCGGUGUUUCCUGCUGCUUGAUCCUUAGAUUUUGAGAGCAUUGGUGCAUGAGAUGCAAACCAGCCAAUGACUCUAGAAUUUGGCUACCUCGGCACAGAGGGGAAAAAAAGAAUCGGUCAGGAUCAUUUUAUUCUUUCAUGUUUUUAAGUUGGAACUGGUUACCUAAAGUUCAGCAGCACACUGCACUGUGGAUUAAUUUUUGUGCCUGGUCCAUUUGGCUUGAUCUUACAACAGACAGCACUGAACUGAAAAAUUAGAAAAAGAACUGUUUUCAAAAAAGCAAUUAAAAUUGUGGUGUGCAUAUAUUUCUUCCAUUUUUGUUUUCUUAAUUCUGUAUAAUUUUGUAAGAACUAAUUAGCUGGUAGUCCACUUUGGCGAGUUUUAUCUGGCUUUGUACCUUAAGCACUUGACUACUAAUAAUUUUAACAGGACAGUAUGGAUGCACUGUUGCUACUUUAAUGUUAUGUGAUUUUUUUUUUCACUGAUAUUAAUCAGGAACACUAUUGGUUGUGUAAAAACAUUUUGUAAGCCACUUCUGUAUUAGCAAAAAGCUGUAUUCUGUAAGUAGGUUCUCUUUCAGUGGCAAUACAUAUGUGCAGUGUUGCAAGCUGAAGUCAAAACUAGUUUUGAGGAGGGGAUUCAAGACAAUAGCUUCUUAAUGUGAUUUGAUAUUUUAUACACAUAUUGUCUGACAUGUAUGUAUUAAAUAUUUUAUAAUUCAGAACAAAAAAAAAUUAAGUCAUUCUGCCUGCUUGUGUGAGUAAUGUGUUGAUAUUGCAGGUUAUUUAGUUUACCUGGUGACAUGCACAAGGCUGAUUUGCAUACAUAUUAGAGUUUCCCAUAGUAUUUCUGCCCAUAUCUAAAUAACUAAGAUUUGUUUUUUGUUUUACAGCAUAGUACAACUGUUAAACAUCUAUGAAAAGGAAGCGUAAA